AUGAACCGGCUGUGUCGCUUCGCCUGCUCGCAUGGCUACUGCCCGCCCGAUGUGUGCACGACGGCCGUGGUCGACAAGGAUGAGGACGACGGCAUUAUCGAGGUCGGUUGGAGCUCCGAGAACCCGAACUACUUCAACUACACGGGGGCGCGGCUCGCUAACGCUGACAAGUGCCUUAUCUACCAGAAUCCCAAACUGAGGGACGAGGUCCAGUUUUAG